AUGGGCCGCUACUCGGGCCGGAGCAUGAGGCUCAUCGCCAUGUGUGUGCUGAGCCUUGUCAUUUUUGCUGUUGAGAUCUCCGUAGCCUACGUGGGCAAUUCUCUUUCCUUAGCCUCAGAUGCCUUUACUGUUCUCUCUCACCUGAUCUCCAUGAUCAUCGGUUUGUUCGGCGUCAGGUUCAGCCGCAUCAAGUGGCACAAGGCCAGCACCUUCGGCUUCAGCCGAGCAGACGUGCUGGGAGCUUUUGGCAACUCUGUUUUUGCCACUGCUCUGAUGUUCAGCGUCUUCGUUGAGGCUAUCAAGAGGUUUAUCAAUCCUCAGAAGACGGAGAAAGUACUGCUCGUCCUCAUUAUCGGGGUUUCAGGUCUGCUCCUCAAUGUGUUAAACUACGUUAUCUUCAUGGACUGCUGUUAUUGUCGUGCUCCCCGCGGAGACACUGAAACAGGUGAUUCACCAAAUGACCAAAAAAGCCCUGAAGGGGGGUCUGAGAAGAAAAAAGAGAAAAAGUCUGAAGCCUUGAACAUCAGAGGUGUUCUUUUGCAUGUUAUGGGAGAUGCACUUGGAUCUGUGGUCGUGGUAGUUACUGCUACUAUCUUCUAUGUACGUCCUCUGGGGGAUGCUGCGUGUAAUUGGCAGUGCUACAUUGAUCCAAGCUUGACAAUAGUUAUGGUGAUCAUCAUCUUGUCUUCUGCAUUCCCACUUAUCAAGGAGACCUCAACUAUUUUGUUGCAGAUGGUCCCCAAAGGUGUUAAUAUACAAGCACUGACUGACAGACUAGCUCGUGUACCAGGAGUUAGCAGCCUUCAUGAGGUACAUGUCUGGGAGCUUGCAAGUGGGAAGAAUAUUGCCACUCUUCAUGUCAAGUGCCAAACCCCUGCCAAUUACCAAGACGCUGCUUACAAAAUACGGGAGAUUUUCCAUGAAGCAGGGGUCCAUUCUGUGACCAUCCAGCCAGAGUAUGUUGAUCACAAGACCUCCCAGCUACUGUGCAGCUCGCCCUGCAUCUCAAAAGCUUGUGACCCUCAGCUGUGCUGCAGUCAGAGGGAGCUCCCCCGGGCUAAAGCUAAUGGCUACUCAGAGAAAAACAACAGUUACAUUUCUGCAGGGCACAAAGACAAUGGUUCAAGUAAAAGUGACAUUGAAAUCCCAAUCGAAGACCCGGCAGCAGAGGACAGCCUGAAAAAUUGUGACAUUUCUGAUGACAAAUCACAGGCGAGCAGUACACGGUUUUAGGCAGCUCCCUCUGGUCUGCAUCAUGUUUUCACAGAACAAACGUAUCAUGCCUGUGAAUGGGGUCACUGGUGGUUGUAGCUGAAGUUGGUGUGGCAAAAAGAUUUCUGUGCUUUAGCUGUAAACCAAAAUACACCUAAAAGCCCCUUGUAUCUGAAAUAAGGAUUAAGAUUUCCACCAAGGCUGUUGCAUUCAUCUAAGAUUUUUCUGAUACAGCCUUACCCAGUUUGCCACCAAAAUAAGGAUGAAUUCCUGUUCUUAGAGUGGAUGGGGUGUAUUGCUCGCUGUCUGCACUGAUGUUUGCAGUUCAUGGCCAGUGGCACUGGGAAUGAAACUCUGUCCUUUCCUGCUGAAGUGAGCUGUUUCUUGAAAGCCUUGUGUCCAGAUAAUGAUUGUACUGGGCUGAAGUACUGUAUAUUUAUGAAGAACUUCAGUAAAGAUGCUUUGCUGGUCCUUAAACCCCAUUUUUUCAUGUUUUACAAUAACACUUGUGCUCCUGGCCAGUGGGGUUUGUGAAUGAAAUUAAGAGUGUCUAAGGGGAAGCACUCAGGAAUUUUGACUUGCAUUGUUUUCUUGAUUGACUCCUGUAUUUAGGGACAGAGCAGAAGCUGGUCUUGCUUCUCUAAUAGUAAUACUGGAGUCCCAGCCUAAUUACAGAUGAGUGUGCUUGUGAAUAGACUGCUUAUCAUGAAAGCAAAUAAAUACCUACUGAUGUUGUCUGCACUGAUUCUAGCAAAUGGAAAUGUAGGCAGUCAUCCAAUUAACUUUUAUCUUGUUCACCAUUAUGAUUGUACAACUCAGUCUUUUUAAAUAUUUUUUUCCUUCUGACAACAGAAGUUCUAAGAACCAUGGUCUUACUUUAUCACUGUGUGGGAUGAUUGCAUUAUCUUUAACACUGAGUGUCUGUUGUUAUUCAUGCUGAAUAAAUAAGCUAAUGUGUUUGUUAUAAACAGUUAAAAUUCUGCAAUUCUAUUAUUAAGACAUAAUUUAUUAAUUAAGACAUAAUUGUAUUAAUUAAGGAAGUACCUUUAAGUCUUGUGUGCAGUAUUAUCACUUAGA